CUGUCGGUCUCUCGGACAGCGGCGGGACGUGAGUCACGUGACUGACAUCGCGCGCGGUUCGGCAGGUGCGUGGACGGUCGGAAGGGGACGUUUCGGCUAAGAGAAGAGAGAUCAGUUUGCUUGUACAGUGAUGAGGAGGUAGCCCAGCGGAUUGCUGCCGAAAUGUUCCCGAAAGAAGUCUGCAUAGCCGUCAUGGCGCUGUGCGCCGUGAAACUGGUGACGUCUGGUGACGAGGUGGUCCUGCCGUCGUCUUCGUCUGGUGUGAACAUAACGGGCAACAUGCGCUCGAUGGACGAGGACCAGGUGAUGUCGCUGCACGAACUGCUCAAGCGGAAGUUGGAACGGACCCGCGGCCUUGUCAGCCUGGGCAUGGAUCCGUUCCAGGCGGGGUCCAUGGGAUUUCUAAUACAGGAGCCGGGCGCCUACGUCAACGUCUCGCUCACCAAGGUCACCGUGACGGGACUAUCGAACUUCACCAUCCGUGACGUGGCUACCAAUAACGCCGCCAUGCGCGCCAGCGUGCUGAUGAUCAUGCCCCGAUUGGAGAUACGAUGCGCCUAUCGCGUCAAGGGCUACAUCAGCGGCGAAGGCGAGAAGGAGUCUCGCGUGAUCGACGAGAGCGGCCAGUUCGAGGCGGUGCUGGGUCGCGCCGCCAUGUCCUGGUUCGCCCGGGUGCUGCACGUCGACAAGGACGACCUGCUGGUGGCCCAGACGGGCCUGAGGACGCACGUGGACGAGGUGACUAAGCGGUUCCUGCAGACGGCCAAGUCCAGGACCCAGUCCGAGGAUCAGGACGUCAUGGGGGUGGUCGGCGACAGCAUCGUGGACCACGUGCGCCAGAUGGUCGAGGACAAGCUCAACAGGAUCAUCACCAAGGCGGUGUCCACGAAGCCCGCCGAGGUGCAGGACCUGCUCGAGUCGAUGGUCGUGCCGACGCCGCACUCAGAGGUACCGCGCACCUUCUCGCCCCACGGGCACCGCAUCAGCAAGCGCCAGGUUCCCUGCAACAACGGCACCGAGCUGGACGACUACGUCGACUACCUGUUUCGAUUCGCCACGCGUCUCAUCCGUGCCAUGGAGCCCAUUCAGGGACCCAACUUCACCAUCUACAUCGAGGAGCAUCUUCAGGUCUUCCUGUACGACGUCCAGGCGCGAAACGUGCACACACUGUCUCGCCGCAAGCCGGCCUACGUCAUCUGCAAGAACGGCGACGUCACCGUGGGCCUGGUCAUCCACCUGGACAGCAUCUUUGCGACGGCCAAGUACCGCGUGCUCACCGACCACCGGCACCUGCUGUACAACGGCGACGCCGACAUCAAGCUCACGGGCACCGUCGUGUGGAUCCAGAUCUCGCAGCUCGCCAACGGCAACAACCGGCUCGACGUGGUUCGAAUAUGGAGGAUGGGCAGGGCCCAGGUGCUGCUCAAAGGACUCGGCAAUCUCACGUCGGCCAUAUCCAUGUUACUCACGAGCAUACUGAACCACGACCCGUGGAACGUGAUACCUGUGGCCGAAGCGCAGGCCAUAACGUUCGGCAGGGAGAUGCUGGCGAACAUUACCGUGCCCAUAUUCUCGCUCGUCUGAGGGUGCCACCGUCUGUUUCUCGAUCGCCUCGACUUCCGGACGCCGGCCGGGUGGCCCGUUCGCAUCGAUGUAUAUGGACGUAACCCUCGUCGAAACACUUCCGUUAAUGUGUCCAAUAACUCUAUACAGACUUCCCCAACGAGUUGUUUCCUGGGAGUUGCCGUAAUGUCCUCUGGACUUUUGUGAGCCCCCUUGAUCAACUGCUCAAAAGGCACUAGGGACAAUGGUAGCGUGUGCCCUUUGUACGCACGCACAACAGUCCAAAAAGAAGGUGUUAUCAAUCCAUGAUGGAAAUGUUUU